CUCUUCCUCUCUCUCUGUCUGUGUGAUGCUGCAGCUCUGUAGCUCUGUAGUCUCUCCAGUCUCCAGUAAACAGCAGUCAUGGCGACAGUGGUCCAACCGCUCUCUCUGGAUCGAGAUGUUGCCAGGGCUAUCGAGCUGCUGGAGAAGCUGCAGGAGUCGGGUGACGUGCCCGGUCACAAGCUCCAGUCUCUGAAGAAGGUCCUUCAGAGCGAGUUCUGCACAGCCAUCAGAGAGGUGUACCAGUACAUGCAUGAAACCAUUACAGUGAAUGGCUGUCCAGAGUACCAGGCGAGGGCCACAGCUAAGGCCACAGUUGCAGCCUUCGCAGCCAGUGAAGGUCACUCCCAUCCGCGGGUGGUGGAGCUACCUAAGACGGAGGAAGGACUGGGUUUCAAUGUGAUGGGCGGCAAGGAGCAGAACUCACCUAUCUACAUCUCCCGCAUCAUCCCCGGAGGUGUAGCCGAGAGGCACGGCGGCCUAAAGCGAGGGGAUCAGCUCCUUUCUGUCAAUGGCGUGAGCGUGGAAGGCGAGCACCACGAGAAAGCAGUGGAGCUGCUGAAGGCGGCCAAGGACAGUGUGAAGCUGGUGGUUCGCUACACCCCCAAAGUGCUGGAGGAGAUGGAGGCUCGCUUCGAGAAGCUCCGUACGGCCCGGCGGCGCCAGCAGCAGCAGCUCCUCAUGCAGCAGCAACAACAGCAGAACCUGGCCUCGCAGCAGAACCACAUGUCGUAGGUUGUUCCAAAAGAAGAAGAAGUGAAGGAGAGCGAAGAGGUGGAUCUCAAAGGCCGCCUGUUCAUUGUUGAAGAUCCCAAAGGAAUCUCUCCGUCGUGGAGGAAACCAACAAGUGGAAGACUCUUUUACUUAACUCUCUCCCUUCCAGUGUACCACCGAUUACUGAGCAAAAACAAAGAGAGCCGUUUGUCCCGAAAUUGGUGCUUCGAAAAACAAGUAUGAGGGAGGCUAGCACUGAACGUCGUCCAUUUUAACUUUGUAUUCCCUUUUAUAAGUUGUUGACCCCCCCCCCCCCCCCCCCCCCCCCGGUUGUGACUCUUAUUGAUUCUCCCCUUUAUCUUGUGUUUGUUGUUUUGUUUACAGUCAUCCAUUUUUGAUUGCUUACUGACAUCCAUUACACCGUUGUGGCACCUUUGCCAUUUUGCCAUAGAUAUCAUUUGUACAGUGGUGUUUCUAUUGAUUCUUCAACUGGUGCUCGUGUCUCUGUAUGAAUGACCAUCGGUUUCUUUCUGUGUGUGUCAAACUUGUCCUGUUUUGGAUAAACGUGAACUCUUUUUUACCUUCUAUAUUGUAGCAGGAGAAGAUUUUUGUAUCUUGUAGGUUUAGCAAUAACACACAUUCUUCAGUUUUUACAUUUCGCCACUAAAUUCAUGAUCGGAUCCAUGCAUUAUAUACAGAGUUUAGGGGAUAGGUGCACAUGUAAAUCACUGUAAAGCAAAACUGGGUCUUAUGUACUGUAAGGCAGCUUCUGUGUCCAAAUCUAUCCUCUGUGCCAUUUAAAGAGAUUAUUGAUUUACAGGUGGCAUGAAUAAUUAAUGUGCAAUAAUUAUUGACAGACUUUGUAAGCUACUCCCGACUGAGAUUUAUCCAGAAAUUAUAUGUCACCGAGAGAUUUUAACAAGGUUCAAAUCGACCCUCGGAAAUGUUAACUGUGUCCUGACAGACAAACAGAAUGUCACCAGUUUUCAUUUGAGCAGAGCGGCAAUUAAAAAUCAAAGAAUUACGUUUAUUUUUCAGACUUCUCUAUUUUAUAGUUCAUGAAAUCAGAGAUUUAACAUAAAGUUUUAUUGUUCCUUUUAAAUAUUAUAUGUUCUUUCUAAGACGUGCAGAUUAUUAUUAUUAUUUAAAAAUCUAUUCAUUGUAUUAACAGCUGAAUACUAGCACAUGUAGAUCUGUUCCCUGCGUUUCUGUUCAGACAAUCAUUUUUGAGAAGUUAUGAGACUGAGUGGAAUGUUUCGCCUUCUUUUUUCCUCCGUACCUGUAAGGGAAAUCUGUUUUUAAGCUAAAGUGGUUAUCCUCCACGUUUACUUUUCUUUCCAUCUUCGGUGCUAAGCGCUCCUUGUUGUGUUUGUUUUGCGCUUCACUUCUUUGUGUCUCUGAUACCUUCUUGUUUUUUCUGACUUUUUUCAUUUUCUGUAGGUGGCGCUCUUUUCUUCGUUUAUUCAACCGUUCAGACUUUACCUCUUUUUCUGCUUCUACUUGGCAUAAACAAAUCCCAGUGCUAUUAAAUCAAGGCUAGGACACGGUACAUGAUACAUGGAGUAUGACACAUGCCAACCUCGUCUCAUGGAAAUACAUGAAAUGGACACAAAGUUCUAACAACUCAUUACAUGGUGGCGGGCAUGACAUUCUAAAAUGAUGCGCUGGUAACAAGAAAACAAUGUUAACACAAAGUCAGUGAGGAUCUUUUCUUGUGGUAGAUACACAAAUUUAAGCCCCCCUUUGCUAAAUAAAAGUGUUUCUUUUGUAUAUGUCCCCUAAAAUGUCUGACCUUGACUAUACUGAGCUGUAUCAGUGCAAAGUUUGUCACUAGAGAGGUGUUUUCACAUUCCUCUACUGAAGGAGGCGACGUCUGUGUGCUUCCCUAAAAUCUGCUGGGCAAGCUAAAUUAGCUACGUCAUGAAUAUGAAAGCCUUUCUAAGCCGGUCUAAUGCAGGAAACACAUAUCGACAGGGAACAGACUUUGACACAACAACGGCAACAAAACCUAAAAAACUUCCAGCUGUCAGCAGACUCAUCAGUACAGGGUCCGGAUUUAACGUUAGCUUAGCUAAAGUUUUGACAGCAAACAUGUUUGAAUGAGCGGUUUUUGGAUGUAAACUGAGUCCUGGAGCUUCCUUUCACUGUCAACCAAUAAACCCUACUGCAGCAGAUGUUAUUGUAUGUUUCAUAAACACUAACGCUCAGUCAGCCACCUCCAGUUAGCCUACAAGCUAACAAGCUAAGAAACAACAGAAAUAAGAUGCUAGCUACACGUAGCAUCCUGAUACAUCUGCUAGUCACUAACUUUGGUGCACAACAGGCUCCUCGUCUGAGUCUGAGUCUGACUGAGGCUCAAGCAUUUAGGGCUAAAUCUCUCCAAUGUUUCCUGUAACGCUAAUAGUAGCCAUUUUGAUGCACAACAAUUCUCAUUGAGGGAGAAAGAGUAGAUCUGCUUCAGGCCCCUUUACAGAGUGUUUUUUUUUUAACUAUUAUGUGGGCAAACCACGUGAAGUAAAAUAUUAGUUUCAGUAUUUUAAAAUGUGUCUGAAGAGGGAAUUUAAGUAUAAAGAAUGAGAAAGUCACAUAGGGCAGCUGGGAGGGGUAUUGUAUGUGUCACAGAAACAGACUUUCAACCAGGAGACUGCUGUUUGUGUCUAAUGUUACACCAAAAGUCAUCGUAAGUACGUGACUUUACGGACUUUACGUCACUACGUAAAGUAUGAAAGUUUAUGUCACUUAAUUCAGUGCGUAGAUAUUUUAACCAAAACCACGAUCAUUUCCUUAAGGCAUUUGUUUGUUCUCUAAACAAAACCAGGUGUUUUCUCUCCCUAACCUAACUAAGUACGUUCUUAAUAGACUUUGCAUUGGCAUUGUUUUCACGCAGCACAUCUCAUGCCCACCACCACUUAAUGCCUUGUUAAGAUGUUGCGUCCAUUUCACAAUGUCUGUGAGACUGUGUUGCACAUGCACAAUCUAACUGCAGCAGAGAUGUUGGAGGGUUCUAGCAGAAAUAAAGGGAUGGUACUGUUCAGGUGCUCUUUGGGUGCGCUCAGUCUGACAGAACUUUUUUCGAAUGGAUAGCGGCCAAUAUAAAAAGCAAAAGUUUUCAAAUAGAAACCUACAAUAAGACUAUUGUUCCUAUGAGGAUGAAAAAUAGGGGAUUGUCCAUUGUUCUGACAGCCCAAAAACAAACACACAUUUGCAGUGUGUACAUCUGGAAACCAUAAAUGCAUUAUAUUUGUAGUUAGGUUUAGGUACAAAAAUGCUUAGUUAUGGUUAUGUUUUGGCUCAAACAUCCAAGUUUGGAGGCACCAGGGACAGGUUUGGUGAGAAACACCCAGAUUCGGUGGCUCAAAUUCAGCUGGGAAACUCUACGCAGGGUCAGUAGAAACACCUGGGAUUGGUGUAUUUUUGGAGAAACUGGACUAUGAGACAAAUGCAAUGGGCCUUUGUUGUUGGAAUAACACGCUAUUGUAGAAAUGGGCUUUCAGUCCAAUGGGACAUUUCUUGGACUAAUGGGGUUUUGGAAUUUUGGGCCGUUGGAAAAAUGGCAUGACACCAGAUAAAAGACUUGAGUUUUAUUGCGAAUUGACAUUAAAUUUAAGGGUGUCUCACACCAAGUAAGGCCACUCAUGACUUGCAGAUUAAUUUAAUGACAUGGUCUGCUUUCCUCAUACCUUUAUUUUUUGUAUAAAAUAUAUCCUCCUGAGACCCAAACUUUUCUUUGGCUUGCAUUUUAAGUCCCAAUGUCCUCAAACAAGUUCUUCCUAAUUAACAGUGUCUUGUUACCGUUGCUAAACUUGGUCAAAUUUGUUGCCAUAUCAAACUGCAAACAUUAUUAAUCACAAAUAAACAAGUUUCAACCAUAAAAUGUGAUCAGGUUUUGGACCUUGUCCACUUCUGUGUCGGGAUCGGCUGCAAACUGACUUGGCAGAGAUGGCUGCCAUCUUGUUUUUACAUGGAUGAGUGUGUUGUGCUCUUACAGCCACUAGAUGGCACAAAAAGUGUCCACAAAUGAGGACAACAGGUUUAAGUUAAGUAGAAUGAAGUAUAAGGUCAAGUAAAUCCAAAAUGUGGGACAGGGUCUCAGGAGGAUAUUCUGACCCAAGGCCGGCAGCAGAUGCCUCAAUGAAACAAAUGAAUUGUCCCCAUGUUCUGUGAUCGUGCGCCAGCUAUUGAGCGUCUCAGCAAGUACAGACCAGAUUUUACUGCGCAUGUGUUAUACCCCAAUAAUAUGACGCGAUACGAUAUUGUUCCUCUUAGCCAGCUGCAUAAAUCCAAAACAUAACAUUACUUCCUGUAUGCCGGAGGAUUUUUAUUCCCCAGCUGUGUGUUAAGAACAGAGAAUGAUAAGCUGUCAUGAAGUUAUUAAGUUUUUAUGAAAAUGUUGCCGAUUAUUCCUUUAUGGAUUUACAGAAAAUGAUCAUCUCCAUCUUUAAUCCCGUCUGAUCUACAUCACAUCUAAUUGCACAAGUCCAGCAGAAUGAAAUCCAUGUGUCACGCUGCCAGAUAUUCCCAUUUCAUAAACAACCUGUGAGCACUGAGGUCACCUAAUGCCAGAUCUUUUGUAUUAGGUGACCUCUGGGCUCAGGGCUCAAAGGAUAUUCACUCACUCAUCAAGCAGAACAUCUCAAUUCAACAGAUCCCUUUUUGUAUCUUUAAAUCACAGGUACUCUUUCUUAAUUGACUUACAUUUUUGAAGCUGAUGGUCCUGUACUUACCGUAAAGAUAAAAAAGACAACAAACUGUUGAUAUGCAAUUGUUAUACAUACUAUAUUUGUAU